GAGGUCCUGGAUCAGCUGUCGAGCCUCCUUCCUACGGUUGAACAACACUCAGUACGAGCUGUGGCGGUAGGGCCAAAGGAGUUCUUCCUAUCAACAGUUAGGACAGGUGCUUGUCAGAUUCCCACAGUUUUCAGAAAUGAUUCAGCUUGAAGCUUACAGUUUAAUGGUUGAAGCUGGCUGUUUACAGAGAAACUGAGCUGGUAUCAUUCGUGGCAGCAUGAACUCCCUCUCAGGAAGAGCCGCUUUGUCCUUGUGCAGACGCGCUGCAGCGGGCAGGAUGAGGGUGCUGGUCGCCUCUCCGGGUCGCCCCACUGGGGGAGUGCAGGCCGACAGGGCCGCUCUCCAAGCUGUGCGGGUUUGCCACUCUGGGACGAACCAGAAGGGCAGCGUGUACACUAAGAAGCGGGGCUACGACAUCACCAGGAACCCCCACCUGAACAAGGGAAUGGCGUUCACCCUGGAGGAGCGGUUACAGCUGGGCAUCCACGGCCUGAUCCCCCCCUGCUUCCUCUCCCAGGAUGUUCAAGUGCUGCGUGUCAUGAAGAGCUACGAAACCCGCACCAACCCCCUGGACAAGUACAUCCUCCUGAUGACUCUGCAGGACAGGAACGAGAAGCUGUUCUACCGGGUGCUGACCUCUGACACUGAGCAGUUCAUGCCCAUCGUGUACACUCCCACAGUAGGCCUGGCCUGCCAGCAGUACGGACUCGCCUUCAGGAGGCCAAGAGGACUGUUCAUAACCAUCCAUGACCGGGGACACAUAGCCACCAUGCUCAACUCCUGGCCAGAAGAUGAGAUCAAGGCCAUAGUGGUGACAGAUGGAGAGCGUAUCCUUGGGCUGGGAGACCUGGGCAGCUAUGGGAUGGGAAUUCCCGUUGGGAAGUUGGCCCUCUACACGGCGUGCGGUGGUGUACCUCCUCAGCAGUGUCUCCCCGUGCUGCUGGACGUUGGCACCGACAACCAGUUGCUACUAGAUGAUCCUCUGUACAUCGGCCUGAAGCACAAGAGAAUCAGAGGAAAGGAAUAUGACGAGCUCAUCGAUGAGUUCAUGCAGGCCGUGACAGACAAGUACGGGAUGAGCUGCCUGAUCCAGUUUGAGGAUUUUGCCAACAGCAACGCCUUCCGUAUCCUCAACAAGUACAGGAAUCGAUACUGCACCUUCAACGAUGACAUCCAAGGCACGGCCUCUGUAGCUGUGGCUGGAAUCUUUGCUGCCCAGAAGAUCACCAAGGACAAACUGUUAAACCACACCUUUGUUUUCCAGGGAGCAGGCGAGGCUGCUAUGGGUAUUGCCCACCUACUUAUGAUGGCCAUGGCCAAAGAGGGAGUAUCUAGAGAAGAUGCUGCCAAAAAGAUUUGGAUGGUUGAUUCAAAAGGUCUCAUUGUGAAGGGGAGAGGCAAUCUGAACCACGAGAAAGCUGAGUUUGCUCACGAACAUCCACACUUGAAGACUCUGGAGGAGGUGGUGCAAGUCAUCAAACCCACCGCCAUUAUUGGUGUUGCUGCAAUUGGAGGAGCAUUUACCGAGAAGAUCAUUAAAGACAUGGCAUCUUUCAACAAGAGGCCGAUCAUCUUUGCUCUGAGCAAUCCUACCAGCAAGGCUGAGUGCACAGCCGAGCAGUGCUACACACUCACAGAGGGCAGAGGCAUCUUUGCCAGCGGGAGUCCGUUUGACAAAGUGACCCUGGCAGACGGACGCACCUUCUUCCCCGGUCAGGGAAACAACGCCUAUGUGUUCCCAGGGGUUGCUUUGGGUGUUAUAGCCUGCGGAGUGCGCCACAUAUCAGAGGACAUCUUCCUCACCACUGCAGAGGCGAUAGCUGACAUGGUAACGGAAGAGCACCUGGCCGAAGGAAGACUUUACCCACCUCUAAACACCAUAAGAGAAGUGUCCUUCAAGAUUGCAGUAAAGGUUGUCAACUAUGCAUACCAACACAACAUGGCUUCGGUGUACCCUGAGCCCAAGGAUAAGGAGGCGUUUGUGCUGUCACAGGUCUACAGUCCUGACUACGACUCCUUCACCCUGGAUACUUACAGCUGGCCUCAGGAGGCCAUGAACGUCCAGGACGUAUAAUCCUUCUCAUUAGAGUAUGUUGCUGUGGUGUCACCUACAAUUUCACUCCUGUUUUAGUUUUAUUAUUUUUGUUUUUCAUGCUUUGUCAGCAUUAGUCACCUACAUACCAAACAGAGUAUCAAACAUAUCAUCUGAGAAAUGAUUUAUUUCUGUUUUAGUACUAUACUUUUUAUUUGAUCAGUUCCUAAAAGAAACGUCCUGACACAAGAACACAGAGGAAUAAUUGAUGCUCAUACCCGUCAGAAUCUCUUUGCCUGAUUCAGUGUCGCUGCUCUAUAAACACCGUUUGACCAUUAUAUAAAAAAACGUAAUCUCCCCCAUCCCUUCUUCCUAUAUUACACUCUGCUCCACAGGUUUCCAUGCUGUUUUUUUUAACCAGUUUGUUCUUUUGCUUGGCUCUGCAAUGCUGCCAGAAUUAAUUUUUAACGAAGGACACUUUAUUUGUUUUGAUGUGAUCAGAGAAGAAAUCAUUUAAACUAAUUGUCCCCCUCAGGAUGUCUUGUACAGCUCUGUUGUUUGCCUUCAGUCCUGUACAAAUAUGUUUUGUUCUUUUAUUUGCCAAAGCUGCUUAAGCUUUAAAUGUUUUACUCUGAGAAAACAUGCUGCGAUUACUUUAGUACUUAAUGCUUAAACGUUUGGAGAGAGAAACAUGUAAAGUUUUAAAUAAAAGUGUCAACAAAA